AUGGUCCGGGAGCUGCUGCGGUGCAUGGAGGAGUCGAUCCAGCCACAUGCACGGUCAAACCCCAGUGUCCUGCUGGCCAUGAACCUGCUUGGGGCGGACAUCGAGAGUCCCACCUACAGGUUGCUGCUCCAGGAGAUCAAGGAGGAGGUGGUGACGAGAGCCCAGAAAGCCAUGACCUCAGGACAGGUGGCUGAGCACGUCCUCGCCCUCCUCUCAUCCUGCCAGGACCCCCGGCAGGUCCCUGCCCCGGAAGAGCCCAUCAACCUGAUCCCCAUCCUGCAGCAGAAAAUGCAUGAGGAGAUAACCCACAACGUGAUCAGCUGGUACAACAGGAGCCUGGACAUCCUGACCCUGUGUGUGGUGAAGGAACACGACCGAGGUGCAGCCGUGGCCCUGGCCAAGGAGUUGCUGAGCCCUGACAGCCACCUCGAUGUGGACACCCGUGCCAUGGCGGUGCUGGCCCUGGUGUGUGAGAACAACACAGUCCCAUACGAGGAGCACCUGAUUCAGUGGGCACUGGGCAAUGUGACCAACGGCCUCCUGGACGAGCAGGAGAAGGGGAAAGGCAUGAUCGGGAAUCUCUCCAGCAUGGGGCUGGCCAUACAGGCUCUGGAGUCCUCAAGGAAGUUUCAAGCCCCUCGGAGGUGGGACCGUGCCCAGGCCUUCCACAUGGUCCAGACCCAUGAGCAGGAGUACACACAGCCCAUGGUCAUUGCUCGGGUCCUGCCUGGCCUCGUGGGCAAGUCCUACCUCAACGCAGGUAGGGUUCCCCCCAGACCCCACGGGGACCAUGCUCCUGCCCCUUUCUCCGUGGGAGUGUUCCAGCUGCCCACCCUGCCCCUCUCCUCCCCCACAGCCCCCCUCAUGGUGCAGUAUUCCAUCACCAACACACUGAAGAACUACUUCCACUACUCCACCUCAGUGUGUGUCCCACCUGGCUCCAGGCUGCUGCAGGUGCUACAGGUGGCAAGGGAUGAAAAGCCCCAGAUCUUUAGCUUCGAGACAGUGAAUUACGAUCACUUGGGUCCCUUCGUGGUCUCCAUCCAUGGGCUGGCUGGAAACACGACUGAAAGGACAUACUGGCAGUUCUUCAGCUGCUGGAGUCCCCUCCAGCAAGGGGUCGGAACCUACAGGCCAAAAAACUGGGAGCACAUCCAGGCCAUCUUCAGCACCUACUGA